AGAUGUCCCAGGUGAAACAGGUGGGCCUGCUGGCUGCCGGGUGCCAGCCCUGGAACAAAGAUGUGUGUGCUGCCAGUGAAGACCGGUUCGCUUACUGUGCAACACUUGCUAUAUAUGUCUACCAGUUGGACCACAGAUACAAUGAGUUCAAGCUUCGAGCCAUCAUGUCAGAGCACAAGAAGACCAUCACGGCCAUAUCGUGGUGCCCACACAACCCCGAGGUGUUUGCCAGCGCCAGCGCUGACAACCUGCUCAUCAUCUGGAAUGUGGCAGAGCAGAAGAUUGUGGCCAGGCUGGAUAACACCAAAGGCAUCCCAGCGUCUCUGAGCUGGUGCUGGAACGCAGGUGACGGCGUGGCGUUUGUGUCCCACCGGGGCCCUCUCUAUCUGUGGGCCAUCAGCGGGCUGGACGCCGGCGUCACCAUCCACAAGGAGGCACACAGCUUCCUGUCUGAUAUCUGUCUGUUCCGCUGGCACCCCGUCAAAAAGGGCAAGGUGGUGUUUGGACACACGGACGGGAGCCUCUCUAUCUUCCAGCCAGGAUCUAAAAACCAGAAGCACGUGUUGCGCCCGGAGUCUUUAGAGGGGACGGACGAGGAGGACCCGGUCACAGCGUUGGAGUGGGAUCCCCUGUCGACAGACUACCUCCUAGUGGCCAACCAGCAUAAUGGCAUCAGAAUGGUCGACUCAGAGGGGCUCACCUGUGUCACUACUUUCAGCUUCCCCAGUUCAGCUGCCUCUGUACAGUGUCUGGCCUGGGUUCCCAGUGCACCCGGCAUGUUCAUCACUGGAGAUUCUCAAGUCGGUGUGUUGAGGAUAUGGAACGUGUCCAGAUCUACACCGCUGGACAACUUUAAACUGAAGAAGACCGGCUUCCAUGCUUUACAUGUGUUAAACUCUCCCCCAGCCAAGAAAUCCUUGAGCUCCAUCUCCCCAACAAAGAGCCACUACACAUCAUCCACCAGUGAGGCUGUUCCUCCUCCUACUCUAUCCCAGAACCAGGCCUUCUCCCUCCCACCGGGCCACGCGGUCUGCUGCUUCAUGGAUGGAGGGGUGGGACUCUACGACAUGGGAGCCAAGAAGUGGGACUUCCUACGAGACCUGGGUCAUGUUGAGACCAUAUUUGACUGUAAGUUCAAGCCAGACGACCCCAACCUGUUGGCGACAGCCUCGUUUGACGGGACCAUUAAGGUGUGGGACAUCAACACCCUCACAGCGGUUUAUACGUCUCCCGGCAACGAGGGUGUGGUCUACUCUCUGUCCUGGGCUCCUGGAGACCUGAACUGCAUAGCCGGAGCCACGUCCCGGAACGGUGCAUUCAUCUGGGAUGUGAAGAAAGGCAAGAUGAUCACACGAUUCAAUGAGCAUGGGAAUCAUGGUAUCUUCUGUAUCGCAUGGAGCCAUAAGGACUCUAAAAGAAUAGCCACAUGUAGUGGCGACGGCUUUUGCAUCAUUAGGACCAUCGACGGCAGGGUCUUACACAAGUACAAGCACCCUGCUGCUGUGUUUGGUUGUGACUGGAGCCAGAAUAACAAAGACAUGAUAGCCACGGGCUGUGAGGAUAAAAACGUGCGCGUGUACUACCUGGCCACCAGUUCUGACCAGCCACUCAAGGUGUUCACGGGUCACCUGGCCAAGGUGUUCCACGUGCGCUGGUCUCCUCUCCGAGAGGGUAUUCUCUGCAGUGGCUCAGAUGACGGGACUGUGCGUAUCUGGGAUUAUACCCAGGAUGCCUGUAUCAACGUGCUGAGUGGUCACACGGCGCCGGUCCGAGGCCUGAUGUGGAACACGGAGGUGCCCUACCUGCUGACCAGCGGCAGCUGGGACUACACCAUUAAAGUCUGGGACACCAGGGACGGAACCUGCCUGGACACCUGCUACGACCACGGCGCUGAUGUUUAUGGCCUGACUUGCCACCCCAGCCGUCCUUUCACCAUGGCCUCAUGUUCCCGGGACUCUACGGUCAGGUUGUGGUCCCUCACUCCGCUCAUCGCUCCGCUCCUGGUCAACGUCCUGGCUGACCACAGCUGGGAUGACAUCAUCGGCAACACGGAUAGGGCCAUGGUACCUGGUGCUACCCCUCUGCUCUGUGGGAAGGUGUCCAGAGACAUCAAGCAGGAGCUGGAUAAACUCUCCAGUGAAGUACGGGUGAAGAAACUCAGGUGGUUCUCCGAAUGUUUCUCUCCACCAGGGGGGAGUCAUAACCUGUGGGACCUGGUGUCAGUGAUCAAUGGGCAGGACGACAGUCUGCUUCCCCAGAGCUACGGCAAGGGCAUCAUGCACAUGAAACACUUGGUCCGCUUCAAAACCUCUGAGGCCCAGGAAUUGACCAUAGUGAAGAUGUCUAAGUUCGGCGGGGGGAUCGGGGCUCCCAGUAAAGAGGAGAGACUGAGAGACGCAGCAGAGAUCCAUCUGAGACUGGGGCAGAUCCAGAGAUACUGUGAACUCAUGGUGGAACUGGGAGAGUGGGACAAGGCAUUGUCAGUUGCCCCUGGUGUAUCCAUAAAGUAUUGGAAGAAACUCAUGCAACGAAGAGCCGACCAGCUGAUGCAGGAAGAAAACCAUGAUGUCAUCCCGUACUGCAUCGCCACGGGAGACGUGAGGAAGCUGGUCAACUUCUUUACUGCCAGGGGUCAACUGAACGAGGCGCUGCUAGUGGCUCAGGGAGCUUGUGAAGGCAACAUCCACGUGCCUCAGACCGCCGUAAUCAACCAUACAACCACUACAAACAGCGACGACAUACAGGCAUAUAACGGGCUACUGCAGUGUGUAUGUAAGGAGCUAGCGGAGUGGUAUUUCCAAGAUGGCCGUGCUGUGCUGGCGGCCUGCUGUCACCUGGCUGUGGACAACACGGAGCUAGCCAUGGCCAGUCUGAUCCGGGGUAAUGAGCUGGAGCUGGCUGUGUGUGUAGGGCUGGUGUUGGGAGAAUCAGCAAAUCAGGCCACUCACUACGUCCUGGAGCUACUAGCCAGGAAGUACAUGACCACACCCACCUGCUUUCCAUCAGUUGGAAGCAGGGACCUGGCGGCUGACCUUCUCCAGAUGAUCCCAGACAACGAGGUCCUGCUGGCCAAGCUGUGUGCCUUCUACCCUGGGAGCUCCUCGGAGAUAGACCAAAUCCAUGAAAAAUGUGGUCUUCCCAGUCUGGAGGAGUGUCAGGCGUUAGCUGAGUCUGCUGUCAGCGAGGGAGACAUCUUCAACGCUGUCAAGUACUAUCUAAUGAGUCCAGAACCCGAGGCAGCCCUGCUUGUUGGCAUCGCCCAUGUCAAAGAACAGCUGAGUGAUUCUGACUGGACCGUAGACUCUGUCCAUCCUAUCCUGGACCUUCUGGGUUACAUUAGAACGGACCGGCUCAUACUUGCCAAGUUCACUGAAGCUCGAAGUGAGCUGCUCAUCCUAUCGGGCUACAUCGGUGCACUGUUGGCCAUCAGAAGACAGUACUCCAGCAUUGUUCCUGCACUUUACGAGUACACCAGUCAGUUGAUGAAGAGGAGAGAGGUGUCUGUUCCCUUACAGAUAGAGCAACUCUCUGUAGAGCUGGAGGCAUGGAUGGCCUGCACACAGUCUCUCAUCAACUCCAGGGGUCCUGAUGAGACUCCUUACACCCCUCCGUCAGAGGCCCAGAAGGCAGAGCACGCCCAUCUGCUAGACAGACUCCAGGAAGAGCCACUCAGGGGCCUGGAGGGGCCCGACUAUGUCACAGGCUCCAACCUGCCCAGCCACUCUGACGUCCAGGUCUCCUGCUUUACCGGACUCAGGAUCCAGGGCCCUGUGUUUUUCCUUGAGGACGGUAAAUCGGCCAUAUCAUUGAACGACGCCCUUAUGUGGGCCAAAGUGAACCCUUUCUCACCUCUGGGGACGGGUGUCCGUCUCAACCCCUUCUAAGAGCCAGCCUAGCCAACGAGGAUGGGCUACAGGACUAAUAGCAUUUGAUUGGUCAGCCUCCGAGGCCAAGGUCACACGACGGUAAAAGGUCGAUGUCAGGGCCGACACCUGCUCUUCAUGAGAGAAAGAAAGAAAAGGGAUGGACGUUCCAGAACGAAAGAGGAGAGCUGGAAAGGAUGCUUAAAAUGAGUUCUCUCCACUAUGUGCUUUUAUACAAUGUGUGCACCACAAGUCAUCCAGUCAACAGUGUUACAGCUUCUCAUAGAAAACGUGUUGCCGUACUUAGACACUGACAAAGAGGGUUCGCAUGGUUGAAACGGGUUAUAGUGUUUCUAUGUAGGAGCGAGACCAUUGUAGUUCGGCUGUCUUGUUUUAGACACAACGUCACGUGCACAUCACAGACAGACAAGUCGACGAGCUAUGUGAUUCUUAUUAUGCUCAUGGUCAUAGCACCAGCAUCAUUUGACUGAUGAAUACCAUAUUUGUGUUGUAUUGCUGUUGGUUUAGCGUUGCGCAAGUGUUGCAUCAUCAUUUCUGUUUGUUACAGAAAUUAGCCCGCACACAUACAUGUAGAAGAGCAAAGCGUAUGAUGAUGUAGGCUUACAGUGGUAGUUGAUCGAAAGCAAACAAAUACAGAGAAACGUACCUGUUAGCCUUUUAUUUAGCUUAGCAUCAAUCAAUCAAAUAAUUGAUGUCGGACUUGAUUGCUUUCGCAUUAAAACAGCUUAGCAGCAUCGUGUCUGUACAGUACUGUGUUUGACUGUGAAUGUAUAAGACUUCUGCUGGACCCCAAAAAAUAAUGUGGACCUGUAAAGUUGUCAAUUUAAAACCUCUUUGGGCUAGGCGUCCCGCUAGUGACAACUUCCGGUGAAACUGGAGGGUGGAUUAUGGAUAUUAAACAUUGAGGUACAUAAGUGUCUUAUCGGUUGAAAGCUUAAAUUCUUGUUGAUCUAACUGCACUGUCUGAUUUACAGUAGCCAUUACAGUGAAAACAUGCCAUGUGAUUGUUUGAGGACGGCGCCCAACUUCAAAAUAUUUUCCACCGGCACAGGUUUCAUAAACUCGCAAAUAGCGACUAAAUAUUCACUUACUUUUGAAAAUAUUCCUCUGAUUUGUCAUCCAAAGGGUCACAGCUAUAACAUGUAGUGUCGUUUUGUUAGAUAAAAUCGUUCUUUAUAUCCCAUCGAUUUGAGUAAUCCACUCGUUCAACUUGCAGAGAAAGGAAUCUAAAAAUCUACCACUAAACUUUGUUAAAACAAGUCCAAAUAUGUUUCUAUUGACUCCUCAGAUACCCUAAAAUGUCAUCAAACCAUAAUAUUUAAUAUGGAAAGAAGUAUGUUCAAUAGGAAAAUUAUAUUAGCAGGUCGGUCUUGUCUUCAUUGCGCGCGCAUACACAAAUUUCCAAUAGUGUGUCCUUGUACUUAAACUCAGGAUUCUUACUCGUUUUGGAAAAAACAAGCCUGAAACCUUGAACAUAGAGUGCUGACACCCUGUGGAAUUGCAUACUGGGAGCAAGAUUUCAUUAUUUCCCUAUACUUUCCAUUGUAAAACCAUGGGCCCUCAAAAAAAAUAAUUCUGGUUGGUUUUUCUUUGGCUCUUCUCCUACCAUAUCUAUUGUGUUAGAGUCUCCUACAUAACUUUAACAUUUCUACAAACUUCAAAGUGUCUUCUGUCCAAUGGUACCAAUUAUAUGCAUAUCCUGGCUUCAGGGCCUGAACAACAGGCAGUUUACUUUGGGCACAUCAGUAAGGCGGAAAUUGAGAAAAAAGGACCCUAGCCCUAACUUAUUUGAACUUGUGAAUAGGUUCUUGUAUUGUACAUAAGACUGUAAUUCCCAUUGAGUUGUGCAGUACUAUUUCAGGGAUCACAGUUGCUAGCUAGAAGGGUAGGUAGUUUGUACUGUACACGGCUAGGGACUUACAAGUGUAAUAGCUGUUACGAUACUGGAUCCAUAGAAUUAAAACUCCUAUUCUAUGGCGGGGGCAACGCUUUAGAAUGUCUCUGAGUCUCAUCAGCGUCAUAAUCAUUUGUAGCCAUCACCUGACUGCAGAAUUUGAAGUGAUUUCAUAAUGAUGACAAGCUUCUGUAUGCAAGUCAUUAUUACGAUCACAAUUUGGCGGACAGGGUGACAACCUGCUAAGACUAGCUAGCUUAUAUGUUAAACAGAAAGCUGUGAUAGAAAGGCAAUAUUUGAGAAUCAUUUUGCUUUUGAAACACAGAAUUGAAUAAAUAGGCUAAUUAAUCGUUAAAAAAAAUUAAUAUCUGAAGGUUGUGCCUUAAGAAAUUAGAAAACUAUUUAUCACCGCAACAUACACUAUAUUGGUAAGUAGGGAUCACAGUUAAUGAAAAGAGAAGAGGUUUUCUUCCUUCUGCUUAAUGAAUCAAACAUUUAUUCACAUAAUUUAUACAAGUGCUGUAAUUUUUUUUACUAAUGUAAUUGAUAUUAGUUUUCCACCUAUACUUCAAUUAUCUUCAAAUGCAUUUGUUUUUAUUUAUUUAUCUAUGUAUUUAUUUAUUGAUUAUGUUUUACUUAUGUAGACAUAUGUACAGUUUGUUUGUACUGCCAUUGCAGUUUAUAAAAUGUGUUCAUGAAAAUAUCAAAAUGUUAGUUUUGUAACAUAAAGGCGAUACCAAUGUAAACAUGUAAAAUUUGUAAGCAGCGUAUAGUUUUGAUUCAAAAUUGGUCCUGCUCCAGAGCACCAUCUAGUAUUGUAGAAAAAAAAAUGAAAAAGUCUAACAAACAAAAAAAACAACUGAACUAAACCACAGCCGAAAAAUGCCAGAAGUAUAAUCUCCAAGACAACCACAUCAUGGAAUAAAAUGAUUAUUUAUUAGAGUGAAA